GCACUGCAGAGGAUGAGCUCAGCUGACCGUCUGCCUGCUAUUAUGUCCACGAACGGCGCCGCCAACACCCAAACACAGUGCGGCAAAAAUAAGCGAACGUGUCCCAGCAUCGUCUCUAAUGAAUGAGUGCGCAGGAAGAAACAUGAGUCACGCGUGAGGUGUGCAGGAUGUCGUUCAAGAAGGAAACACCCCUGGCUAAUGCUGUGUUUUGGGCAGCACGGAAGGGGAACUUGGCUCUACUUCAGCUUCUGCUCAACAGCGGGCGUGUGGACGCAGACUGCAGAGACAGUUAUGGAACCACAGCGCUGAUGGUGGCUUCAUACAGCGGCCAUUAUGACUGUGUUAAAGAACUUAUCAUGCAAGGAGCUGACAUCAACUAUCAGAGAGAGACAGGUUCUACAGCCUUGUUCUUUGCCUCACAGCAGGGACACCAUGACAUUGUGAAGCUCCUUUUUGAGUUUGGUGCCUCUACUGAAUUCCAGACUAAGGACGGUGGCACUGCUCUCACUGUCGCCUCUCAGUAUGGACGGUCCAAAGUGGUGGACAUCCUGUUAAAAAAUGGUGCCAACGUCCACGACCAGCUGAAUGACGGUGCCACUUCUCUUUUCCUCGCUGCCCAGGAGGGUCAUGUGACUGUGAUUCGUCAGCUUUUGUCAUCUGGGGCUAAAGUUAACCAGCCCAGAGAGGAUGGCACUGCCCCCCUGUGGAUGGCAGCCCAGCUGGGUCACAGCGAGGUGGUGAAGGUGCUACUCCUACGUGGUGCUGAUCGGGAUGCUGACAGACAAGAUGGAACAACAGCGUUAUUUAAAGCAGCUUUAAAAGGACACCACAGCGUCAUUGAAGAGCUCCUCAAGUUUUCUCCCUCUCUUGGCCUUCUCAAGAAUGGCUCAACUGUGCUUCAUGCUGCAGUUCUGAGUGGAAAUCUUCAAGCCGUCCUGCUGCUGCUUGGGGCCAACGCUGACCCCAUGUUACCCAACAAGAAUGACGAACUCCCUGGAGAUCUUACAAAGAAUGAUCGCAUCCUUAGGGUUUUACAUCCAAAAAUCUUAAAUGGAGACAGCUGAUGACUGCCCAGACCGCUGCCUUCACUUCCCCCCUGUAUCGCACUGAUGUGUCCUGAUAGGAAAAUAACACAAUAUAAAAUCUAUUCUACUACAGCCUCUACAGGGCGCUUGCUUUAGGUUGAAAAAUGUAGCUCUUAUCAGUUGAAUUAACCUGGACUAAAUAUAGAGUCAACUUAAUGUACAACUAAAUGCAUUUGUCUGCCAUGUGCAUCAUUUUAUGUUGUUCUAAAUGCAUUUAUUUUUGUUUACCAAAGGUGUUGUAAGAUUUGUAGAUAUUUUGCACACGUUUUAUUUGCCUUUUUAAUAAAUGUAAUAAAGUGUACAUUUGUUAAUUAAUG